AUGGCUAACUACGGACCUGCAUACGGAACACUAGCUGAAAAUCAAGCAAAGAUUGCUGGAAAACGUAGUGUAGAUCUUGAUCGUGAAGCUCAACAAUGGAUUGAAGAAGUUACUGGAGAAAAAUUUCCAAGUGGUUCUUAUGAAGAUGCACUUAAAGAUGGUAUACUUUUAUGCAAAUUAAUUAACAAACUUCAACCUGGUUCAGUUGGAAAGAUUUGUACAUCUGGCGGUGGUUUUAAAUUACGUGAAAAUGUAUCUGCUUUUCAAACUGCAGCUCGUGCUUAUGGUUUACCUGAUUCUGAACUAUUUCAAACAGUAGAUCUCUUUGAAAAACGUAAUAUUCCUCAAGUAACACAAUGUAUUCAUGCACUUGGUCGACAUGCACAGAAAAAGAAAUUUAAUGGACCAGUACUUGGUCCAAAAAUGUCCGAUUCUAAUCAACGUGAUUUUACUGACGAACAAUUACGUGCUGGUCAAGGUAUGGUUGGUUUACUUAAUGAUGGCAUGAACAAAGGUGCAAGUCAAGCUGGUCAAAAUUUUGGUUUAUCACGUCAUAUAUAA